AUGACUCCAGACGACAUAUUCAAUGUAUUGCUGUCAAACAAAGUAUUGACAUCGAGUGAGGUCAGUAAGAUUCGAGAGAGUUCAGGACGAGAAGCUACAAACGAAGAACUUUUAGACACGCUUGUUCGCAAAUCAGAUAGGGCUUUCAGCAUUUUUGUCGAUGCUUUACGGAAAUCUUUGCAAGAUCAUUUAGCAGAUUUGCUCCAAAGCUCCAAAAGAAAGGCAAAAAGAAAAGCAGGUGACAUUAAUGUCAAAGUCGGUGUUGAACAUCUUCAAAAAGAUAAACGUUAUCGCAAUGAUAGUCCUAUUUGUUCUUGUGAUGAACUUGAAAAGCAAAUUUUUAUAAUGGCUAAAAACGCUUACAGUCAAAUUCGUCGUAAGAAUGACAGCCCCGCAGCUUUUGAACAAUUCCGCAAAGAGCUGACAGGAACAAAUGCUCUACGAGUGAGAAUGAGUGAAGAGGAAUAUCAAACAUGCGUCCGAGAACUGCUAUCAUUAAAUGUCAAUGGAUCUGAAUCUACAAAGUCAACGAGAGGCACAACAAGAAGCAAAACACUACCUUACCGAAUACCAUUCAAAGAACUUCAUCACAAUGUCUCCAAUUUAAAUUUCAAAGUAAAACCUUCAGCACAACCAAGAAAGAUUCGAUCAACCAGAGAAAAUUGCUGUGGAAUUGAACUCAGAUCAAAAUCUAUAAACAUCUGA